AUGGAGAACAAAUCGGAAAACAAGAAACUACAUGCAAUUUGUGUGCCGUUUCCAGCACAAGGCCAUGUAAAACCCAUGAUGCAGCUGCCAAGCUUCUUCCACUCCAAAGGCUUCCAUAUCACCUUCCUCAACACUGAGUUCAACCACAGACGCAUGUUCCGCUCCGGUCCGCCGGAUGGCCUCAGGGGCCUUCCUGAUUUCCGGUUUGAGACCAUUCCGGACGGGCUUCCUCCUUCUGAUCGUGAUGCGACUCAAGAUCCUCCUGCCCUUUGCUAUGCUGUCCAAAAUUAUUGUCUAGACCCCUUUCGGGAAUUAUUAGCCAGACUCAUUUCCUCCCCAAAAUUGCCACCGGUCACCUGCGUUGUUUCUGAUGGUGCCAUGAGCUUCGCCGUUCAAGCUGCGAAAGAAUAUGGCAUUCCAGGGGUUCAGUUCUGGACUGCCUCAGCUUGUGGCUUCAUGGGUUAUCUUCAGUUUCCUGAACUGAUUAGAAGAGGGAUUAUCCCAUUCAAAGAUGAGAAUUUUGGAAGUGACGGGUCGCUUGAAGCAACUAUAGAUUGGAUCCCUGGCAUGACAAACAUCAGGCUCAAGGACCUUCCAUCCUUGAUCAGAACCACCAAUCCUAAUGACAUCUUGCUCAAUUUCACGAAAGAUGAACCGCAAAAUUGCUUGAAGGCCUCUGCAAUCAUCUUCAACACAUUUGAUGAGUUAGAGCAACAAGUCUUGCAAGCUAUCUCCACCCAUUUCCAUCCCAAUAUUUACACUGCAGGACCUCUAUCCUUGCUAUCCAAGCAAGUGAUUAUUGAAGACCAUUACAGCUCUCUCAAUUCGAGUCUCUGGAAGGAAGACACAAGAACCCUUGAGUGGCUAGAUGAAAAAGAACCAAACUCAGUUAUGUAUGUGAGUUAUGGAUCCAUGACUGUCAUGAAGCACCAACACCUCGUAGAAUUUGCAUGGGGGCUCGCCAACUGCAAGCGCCCGUUCCUGUGGGUACUCCGGUCAGAUGUGAUAAUGGGUGAAUCAGCAAUCCUACCUGAACAUUUUCUUGAGGAGACUAAGGAUAGGGGAUUGGUAGUAAGUUGGUGUCUGCAAGAACAAGUGCUUUUGCAUCCAUCAAUAGGAGUCUUUCUCACACAUUGUGGGUGGAACUCAAUGUUGGAGAGCAUGGGAGGAGGAGUACCUUUAAUCUGUUGGCCUUUCUUUGCAGAGCAACAAACAAAUUGUCGUUAUGCAUGCAGCAAAUGGGGGAUAGGGGUGGAGGUUAAUCCCGAUGUAAAACGUGAUGAGAUUGAAGCACUUGUUAAUGAAAUGAUGGAAGGUGAACGAGGGAAACAGAUGAGGAGAAAUGCUCUAGAAUGGAAGAAGAAAGCAGAAGAAGCCUCUCUUGCUGGAGUAUCUUCUUACGAAAAUUUUGAUAAUUUUCUCAAAGAAGCUCUCCAUUACAAUGGGUAA